GGCUGCCGAAAAGUGGUCAAACUUGAGAACCUCAUACAAUACACCGCCAUCUGUGAGCACAAUGAGGCAAACCGUCCCAAAACGUGUGACGUAUGCUAUUGUGACAAAACACGUGAUCACGACUGUGUCGACGCAAUACUGGAGGCUAAGUGUAGCGCGAAUGACGAAACAGAUUCGUUAAAGCGAACGCUGAGGAAUCCGUGCGAACGGCGCGUGUGUUUCAAAGUGAAGACGACGGCCCCCAAGAGGUAUGCCGUCCGACCAAACGUGGGACUCAUCGAGUCAUUCGGCACCGUAACCAUCGCUAAAGCCGUCAAUCAGGAGACACUCUGGGAAGGCGUGAAUCCGGAAGCUAUUAUGACUUCAAAGCUAAAGUGUGUGUUUGAUGUGACGCCGCCUUCAAACGAGACACCUGUCCGGUAG